AUGGAAACUGAAAAAGGCAACUCCCAAGACUCAAAUCAAGAAGAACAAAUGUUACAAACACCCAAAAAAGGCGAUGACAAUUACUUUGGUGGAGAUGGACAAAGCUGGAAAAUGUUUACAACUCCGAUGCAGGAAGAGAAAUAUCGCAUAGAAAAUAAUCAAUUGCGGUCCCAAAUCAAACAACUUCAGCUAGAUGUGCAUGCUGAGCAGGAAACAGUGGGACAAGUGAGACGUCGUUUGAAUGCUGUUGAGAAAGAACGUUUACAAGCAGCCAGCAAGAACAAUGCUGAGAUUGCUGACUUGGAGGGCCAACUGGUUAAAUUUCGUGCCCAGAUUGAGAAAGGAGAAGCUAUGCGACAGAACUUGGAAUUUGAAUUGACAAAGACACGUCGUGAGGUUACACAACAAAAACAUGCAACACUUGAAAAAGAUGCCACACUCAAAGAUGCUAGAGGACAGUUAGAAAAGAAGAUCCUUGAUCUGGAAGAGACACUAAAAAAGACAGAAAGUGAGAGGAACAAUCUUCAGGAGAAAGUCGAAGCUGCAGAGAACAAAAUCCAACGACAGAAGGAGGAAAAUGACCAUGAAAUAGCCAAGAGCCAUACAGAACAGGAGAUACUGAGAGCAGAGAGAGAUAAGCUAGAUGCAAUUGUGCUACAGCAAGAAGGUACCCUGUCAGAUUUACAAGAAAAGAACCAAGAGCUUGAAAAUGAACAAAGGAAUCAGUUGGAGAAUUUACGGAGAACUCUGACAGAAAUGGAAUAUGCCAAGGAAAGAGAGGAUCGUCUAAAAAAAGAUCUGGAGACAGCACUCCAGCGACUCAGAACAAUGGAAGAAAGCAUAGAGGCAGAGAGAGCUGCACAUCUUGAAUCAAAAUUCAACUCUGAGAUUGUACAGUUGAGGGUGCGAGAUCUGGAGGGUGCAAUGGAAGUAGAGAAAUCGGCCAAUAACGAGGCCAACAAAGCCAUCGAUCGCCUCACUAGACAGAUCCGAGAACUGGAGCACAGCUACGAAGAGGAGCGCAAGAACGGAAAGGAUCUCUCUAACAAACUUGACAAGAUGGAACGAGAAUAUAGCUCUGUCAAAAAGCAGCUGACAGCUCAAGUGGAAGACAAGAAAUCUGUGAUCGGCAAUCUGUCCAAGGAGCUGGAGCAUCACCAGAAAAAUUUCUCCGAACUCAAAGAUGAGCUAACUAAGGCCAAGAAACGUCAGAUAUACCUAGAGGAGACAUAUGGUGGAAACAUGAGAGAAUUAGAACUGCUUCUUAAUAAUUUCUCAGUAGAGCCUACCAAGGGCAAAUCAAAGAAAGAUUCCUCAAAACAACCAAAUCCUUCUGUAGUGCUGGAGUCCUUACGACAAACUUUGUCUGAAUACAAGAAGCGUCUGGAUAACACGUCUGGAGAGCUGGGUCGAAUGAAGAAGCUGACAGACAGUUUAAAUAGGGAGGUUGACCAACUCAAAGAGAUGAUGUGGGCCAAGGAUAAGUCAUUAGAAGACGCCCAGAAAAACUACACACGAACAGCGAAGGAGUUGAAUCGCGUAAGAUCUGAGUAUGGAGCUCUUGACAGUCACAUGGCCAGAAUGAAGAUGGAUUUACAGAGUACUAGUUCUAACCAAACUAAAGAUAGGAAACGUAUUCAUGGAUUAUCUGAGGAGAUCAUGAAGUUGGUAAAACGACAUAAAGCUGAAGAUGAGGAAAAAUUGGCAUUUUUACACGGCAUGCAUCAUCGUCUGUUAGCUGGAAAGAUUCCAAUGAAGGAGCCCAACUUUACCCAGUUUUCUUGGGCUGACCUGACCAGUCUUGUGUAUGAACAAGUGUCCAGUCUGGUGACUGUUGUACAGAGAUCAGAGGAGAAGACAACUCAUUUAGAGGAAGCAUUAAAAUCAAAGGAGGAGCUGGUGGAAGAGAUGCAACGUUCUCACGAAGACCAGCUCAACAAACUCACAUCACUCACAAAGGAGCGCGAGCAGUCCUGGCACAAACAGAAGGAAGAGAUUGAGGCACACUACGCACAACUUUUAACUGAACUACAGUCUCGCUCAAAGAAAAGCCAAGCAAUGGCUGACCAAGCAUGGGACAAGAUUCGUAUGACAGGAACAGUAAAACAGGGAUUAGAGACUGAGUGUUCAGACCUUCGUGCACAGGUCGUGGAAGCUCAGACACAGAAUGCGUCAUUGCUAGCCGCAUGUGGACUUCUUGCAGGAGCAUUGUUCCCAAUGUGUUCUCGGGCUACGCAUCUAGCAACUCAGCGCCAUCUACUGGAAGAACAGUGUGGUAUGUGGGACAUGUGUCGUGAACGUAUUGAACUUCUUGUUGACACAUUAGCAUCAGAAAUGCAGGAUGAAAACGAUACGAAGAGUAAAACUCAGAUUCACAGAAAAAGACAUCCGCUGUUAGUGUUUCGGAAAGCUGCCAUAGCUGUUCUGGCUGCCAACAGAUUACGAUAUCUGGGACGUUCAUGUACAAAAAUGUUUGUUACGUAUGAUACUUCUGUGUUCUACCGUACUGGCAUUGCUGUGUGUACAGGAGGAGCACGGCCAGCUGUCACAUCCUUCAGAGAUGGUGUGAGUGAUGAUUUGGAAAUAGAUGACCUGUCGUCUCGCCAGGACAUCAUGAGAUGGGUGUCCAGUCCCGAUCUUCUCCACACUGUUGUCUCCUCCAUGUCAGAAAUGAUUGAAGUCAUAGGUCAUAUCAAGAACAAAGAUGGAGCCAUCGAAUCACGAGCACUGGUAAAUGCAGCAAGGAACACAUUUACAAAACUGGUUGACAAAAUUGGCCGUCAUUUUGAAGGGGUGACUGGAAGUCAAAACACAGCAUUUCGUGAACGCAAUUCUUUGAUGCGAAUGAUGGGCAGGGGUCUGUCUAAAGUGUGUGUUGGAAAACCACUGGAACAGAGGCAGCACCUAUCACCACUACAGGACAUUCUUGGAGCCUUGCAGAAUCACAUUUUGAACUUCACACAACGCCUACAUGCUGUGGAGAUAGAACGCCGUGGACUGCUUUUAGAGGUAGAAAGACUGAAAGAAGAAGUCAUUGAAGCUAGCCGUGAUGAAGCACUGAAAAACCAGAUGUCUGAGGACCCUCAAUUUGUGGCCAUGGAUAAGUUUGAGAGUGUCUGCCUGGAGUUAAACAAUGCCUUACGACGAGAACAACAAGCUCAGCAGCUGCUGUUAGAGCAGGGGAGACAACUGGAAGAACUGACCCUUCGUCUUGACCUUUACACCACAGAGGGAAUGGAGAAGGAACAGAUCCUUACAAGUGCUGUACAGGGGCUUGCUGAACAUAAGUCUGAGAUGAAGAAAAAGGAACAAACCCUUCGACAGCUGAAUCGACAAGUGAUCACACUGGAGGGAGAGAAGAAAUCUCUCAGCACCAAUGUCAGCGAUGCUGAGCGGGCUCUAAGAACUGUUGCAAGAGACAAGGAGAUUUUAACGCUGUACAUACGCUCUGUAGAAGCUGCAUUAGAUAAGGCGAAACAAGAGUUAUCUCUCUCUAAACGAUUCCAGGGACGAGAUGUUUCUCUCUCCAAAAUGUUACUCAGUGCUGACUUCAUUCCCACUGAUGUAGGGAAGGCAGGCCCAGAACUGAUUGCAUGUCAGAAUCUGGUCGGUGCAUUUGUGGAUGCUCAGCAGCAAGCAUAUGCCAAAAUAAAGGCUCUUGAAGAGGAUGUGGACUCCCACAAACGUCAUGUGACCACACUCAAACAAGAACUCAGCGACGCAGUUCGACGGGAGUAUGAUGAUGAGGGUGAGGUUCCCACACGAGACAACGAGAAGGUCAGUCAAAACAUCAGUAUGGUGGACACUACACAAGGAGAUGCCUUUAUGCCAAUCAAGGAGGAUUCUGAAAUCUCAUUUUCAUUUGCAAAGCCAUCUACCCCAAAAUCAACACCAAAAGCCAAAGCAAGGCUGAUCUCGGAGACCCCUAAUAAAGGGGAUCGAUCUCCCAAGUACCAGACACCAUCUCGUAGUUCACGGACACAAAACAUGCGCCCCAAAGCUUUCGAGCCUCAUGGGAGGUGA